GGGGUCAGUCGGCGCCCAAGCAAGGACCAGUCACAAGGCUUUGAGAUGCUGCGAGUGCAAAGGACCACGCUGGGCAGGCUGGGACACAGCUUCUGUCGAGGCUUUAACCACAAAGCAGUGGUGGCUCUCAGGCGGGAGGACGUGAACGCCUGGGAGAGACGAGCGCCUCUAGCCCCCAGACACAUCAAAGGUAUCACCAAUCUGGGCUAUAAGGUCUUAAUACAGCCUUCAAAUCGACGGGCCAUUCAUGAUAAGGAAUAUGUCAAAGCUGGUGGCAUUCUUCAGGAGGAUAUUUCUGAAGCUUGUCUAAUUUUGGGAGUUAAGAGACCCCCAGAGGAAAAAUUAAUACCCAAGAAGACUUAUGCCUUCUUCUCCCACACAAUCAAAGCACAAGAGGCCAAUAUGGGCUUGUUGGAUGAGAUCCUAAGACAGGAAAUCCGACUUAUUGAUUAUGAAAAAAUGGUGGAUCAUAGAGGAACACGGGUAGUGGCGUUUGGACAGUGGGCAGGCGUGGCAGGGAUGAUCAACAUUUUACAUGGAAUGGGCUUACGACUCCUUGCUCUGGGACAUCACACACCUUUUAUGCACAUUGGCAUGGCUCAUAACUACAGGAACAGCAGUCAGGCUGUGCAAGCUGUCCGUGAUGCUGGCUAUGAAAUUUCUCUGGGUUUGAUUCCAAAGUCAAUAGGCCCUUUAACAUUUGUCUUCACAGGGACUGGUAAUGUAUCAAAGGGAGCCCAAGAGAUAUUCAAUGAACUACCUUGUGAAUAUGUGGAGCCUCAUGAAUUAAAAGAAGUUUCCCAAUCUGGAGACCUCAGGAAAGUGUAUGGGACGGUGUUAAGUCGUCAUCAUCAUCUUGUCAGGAAAACAGAUGGUGUAUAUGAUCCUGUAGAGUACGAUAAAUACCCCGAGCGCUACAUAAGUCGUUUCAGUACGGAUGUUGCGCCCUAUACAACUUGUUUAAUUAAUGGAAUCUAUUGGGAACAAAACACCCCUCGCCUACUAACCCGGCAAGAUGCUCAGAGUCUCAUGGUUCCCAUCAAAUCCUCAGUUCCUGGUGUUGAAGGAUGCCCUGCCCUGCCACACAGACUUGUGGCUAUAUGCGACAUUUCAGCGGACACAGGAGGUUCUAUAGAGUUUAUGACCGAAUGUACGACGAUUGAGAACCCCUUCUGUAUGUAUGAUGCAGAGCAGCAUGUUACGCAUGACCGUGUGGAAGGUUCUGGGAUUCUGAUGUGUUCUAUUGACAAUUUGCCGGCACAGCUUCCAAUUGAAGCUACAGAAUAUUUUGGAGACAUGCUUUAUCCUUAUGUUGAAGAAAUGAUAUUGUCAGAUGCAACACAGCCUCUAGAAAGCCAGAAUUUUUCUCCUGUAGUUCGAGACGCUGUGAUAUCAUCCAACGGCACAUUGCCUGAAAAGUAUAAAUAUAUCCAGAAACUCCGGGAGAGCAGGCAACGUGCGCAGUUACUUUCAAUGGCCACCAAAAAAAAGGUGUUGAUUCUUGGGUCUGGCUAUGUAUCAGAGCCUGUGGUGGAGUACCUGCUAAGAGAUGGCAAUAUAGAAAUAACCAUAGGCUCUGACAUGAAGAAUCAAAUUGAACAAUUGGAGAAGAAAUAUAAUAUUACUCCUGUUUGUCUCGACAUUGGUAAGCAGCAAGAGAUGUUAGCUUCCUUGGUGGCAACACAGGAUCUUGUCAUCAGCUUGCUUCCUUACAUACUGCAUCCUUUUGUGGCCAAGGCAUGCAUUACAAGCAAGGUCAACAUGGUCACUGCGAGCUAUAUUACACCACCACUUAAAGAACUGCAAAAGAGUGUGGAAGAUGCCGGCAUCACAGUCAUUGGUGAAUUAGGACUGGAUCCAGGCCUUGAUCAUAUGUUGGCAAUGGAAACCAUAGAUAAAGCUAAAGAAGUUGGAGCCACGAUUGAAUCUUAUGUUUCCUACUGUGGUGGACUUCCAGCCCCUGAACAUUCAGACAACCCUUUGAGAUACAAAUUUAGCUGGAGUCCUACGGGCGUUCUGAUGAACAUCAUGCAGCCUGCCACCUAUCUGCUUAAAGGAAAGGUUGUGAACGUUGCAGGAGGCGUCUCCUUUCUCGAUGCUGUAACGUCCAUGGAUUAUUUCCCAGGACUAAAUUUGGAAGGCUACCCUAACAGAGACAGUACAAAAUACGCUGAGAUUUAUGGUAUUUCAUCUGCUCACACUUUGUUGCGGGGAACACUGAGAUACAAGGGGUACGCUAAAGCUUUAAAUGGAUUGAUCAAACUGGGCCUUAUAAACAGAGAUGCCUUUCCUGCCCUACAACCUGACGCCAAACCUCUCAGUUGGAAAGAACUCCUCUGUGACCUAGUUGGGAUUUCACCCUCCUCCAAGUGUGAUGUGCUUAAAGAAGCUGUCUAUAAGAAACUGGGCGGAGACAACACCCAGCUAGAGGCCGCUGAAGGGUUGGGAUUGCUUGGAGAUGAACAAGUCCCUCGGGCAGAGUCCAUUGUGGAAGCACUUUCCAAGCAUUUGGCUAUGAAGCUUUCCUAUGGCCCUGGAGAGAGAGAUCUAAUUGUGAUGAGAGACAGCUUUGGAAUCAGACAUCCUUCUGGACAUUUAGAGAACAAAACAAUUGAUCUUGUGGUUUAUGGGGACGUCAAUGGCUUCUCAGCCAUGGCAAAAACUGUGGGGUUGCCCACUGCCAUGGCAGCCAAGAUGUUGCUUGAUGGUGAAAUUCAAGCCAAAGGCCUGCUGGGGCCCUUUUCAAAGGGCAUCUAUGGACCAAUACUGGAGCGAAUUAAAGCAGAAGGCAUCACGUAUACAACACAGAGCACUUUCAAACCAUGAUUGGAAACCAUAUUGUAUUUAUCUUACAGACAACACAGCUCUGAACAUUUGUGUGACAGAUAGGCUUGCUAAAGUGCUGUCUAAAAGUAUAAAGUACAAUAUAUUUUGAUUAAGUCAAUAUUGUGAUGCUUUUAAAACAAAGUUUUAUUUUAAUAUGAAAACAUUUGGAAAAGAAGAUACCAAUAAUUACCAGAGAACUUUAAUAAUUCUACCAUGUAUUUUUCACAUGUACAUAAAAUUGAU